CUCCGCCAUUCGCAUCUGCUUCUGCUCCGCCAUUUCUUCCGCUUCCUCUCUCUCCUUCGGUGAAGUGCUCAACAUAUUCCUUCUUCUUCAGCCUCUGUUCGGAUUCAAGUCUUUGCUGAUUUCAGUGCUCAUCACACACUCAUUCAAGUAGCUACUGCAUACUAACUGAAUAUGGCGUCCAUGCUUCCAGAUGCCAAUCUUCCCCUUCUGUCCACGCUCUCUCUCUAACCACAGGGCAGGUAUUUGGGCGCAAGUUUUACGGACGAAUUGGAUUUCAUGGCAUAAAGGGAAGGCCUCAAUUCUCAGUUGCCAGUGUUGCCACUGAAGUUAACUCUGUAGAACAGGCUCAGAAAAUUGCUUCUAAAGAGAGCCAGAGGCCGGUGUACCCAUUUUCUGCUAUAGUUGGACAGGAUGAGAUGAAGCUUUGCCUUCUCCUAAAUGUGAUCGAUCCCAAGAUUGGUGGUGUGAUGAUCAUGGGGGAUAGGGGAACUGGGAAAUCCACAACAGUUAGGUCACUGGUUGAUUUGCUUCCUGAGAUCAAGGUUGUUGCUGGUGACCCAUACAAUUCAGAUCCUCAAGAUCCGGAAUUCAUGGGCAUUGAAGUGAGAGAGCGGGUGCUGAAAGGAGAGCAACUCGAGGUUGUGUACACCAAAAUUAACAUGGUUGAUUUGCCAUUGGGUGCUACAGAAGAUAGAGUGUGUGGGACAAUUGACAUUGAGAAAGCACUAACUGAGGGUGUGAAGGCAUUUGAGCCUGGCCUGCUCGCUAAAGCCAACAGGGGAAUACUAUAUGUUGAUGAAGUUAACCUUUUGGAUGAUCACUUGGUGGAUGUCUUAUUGGAUUCCGCCGCAUCAGGUUGGAACACAGUGGAGAGAGAGGGAAUUUCAAUCUCACAUCCAGCUCGGUUCAUACUCAUUGGUUCAGGCAACCCGGAAGAAGGUGAGCUCCGGCCUCAACUGCUGGACAGGUUUGGAAUGCAUGCUCAAGUUGGGACUGUGAGGGACGCGGAGCUAAGAGUGAAGAUUGUGGAGGAGAGGGCUAGAUUCGACAAGAAUCCAAAGGAGUUCCGAGAUUCCUACAAAGCUGAGCAACAUAAGCUCCAGCAACAAAUUGCCUCAGCAAGGAGUGCCCUCCCAUCUGUUCAAAUUGAUCAGGAUCUCAAGGUGAAGAUCUCCAAGGUUUGUGCUGACUUGAAUGUGGAUGGAUUAAGAGGAGACAUAGUAACCAAUAGGGCUGCAAAAGCUCUUGCUGCUUUGAAGGGAAGAGACAAAGUAAGCGCAGAGGAUAUUGCUACUGUCAUCCCUAACUGCUUGAGGCACAGGCUUAGAAAGGAUCCCUUGGAAUCGAUAGACUCAGGUUUACUUGUUAUUGAGAAAUUUUACGAGGUAUUUAGCUGAUUGUGGAAUAACAUAUAAACAUUAUAUGCCAUAUAGUAUUCACUAAAGAUAUUAUUAUCACCUUACUAUUUACAUUUUCAUCUGUUGUCCUGGGACAUUCAUGUAUAAACAAAUUCUGGUAUUACAAGUUCAACAUCUCUGCGUUUAGAAGGAGAAUUGUGAUUGAGAGACAUAA